GACAAACAAUCAAAAACAUCAUGUUGGCACUUUUCCUGACCGCAGAGCUUACUGGCGUAACCGAUCUCGCCCCCAUCGACACUGAAGACAGCCCUUUCUACUACACAUUCAAAGUGCAAUGUACUUCAUGUCGUGAGGUUCACCCCAAUUGGGUCAGCGUGAGCAGAUUUGAACAAAACGAGGUCUCCGGCAGCAGAGGCGAGGCCAACUUUGUCUGGAAGUGCAAGAACUGCAAGAGAGAACACUCUGCCAACAUCAAGGAAGCACCCAAGGCUGUGGUCCAAAACGACACCCCCAAGAGCCAGAAGAUCAUCGAGUUCGAUUGCAGAGGUCUCGAAUUCGUCGAGUUCAAGCCAGAUGGCGAGUGGAAGGCCACCGGCAUCGAAUCCAACACAAAAUUCGACGCCAUCGACCUGACAGAAGGCGACUGGUACGACUACGAUGAAAAGGCCAGCGAAGAAGUCAGCAUUCAAGGCCAGAAAUGGGAGAUUAAGCGCGCUUGAUAGCUAUGACGACGCAAUUCCUAGAGAAUUUCUGCUUGGAAAUGCUAAGACAAAGUCUUUGGUAAAAAGAGCCUCCAUAUCAGCUCACUUCUUGGAAUUACGAGCACGGUACUCGGCUACAAGAGUCGCUUUAGGACAAAAUGUCAAAACCUUCGAUUCUUCGCAUUAUUAAUCCACAAGAGUCAUGGGUCAUGUCACCUUCUGAACUGUUGGCGAAAAGGGCUUCAGGCAUCCCGGUCGUGCAAGUGAUUGUGGUUUAUAUCGACGAUUUAAAAUACGGCGGCCAAGAGCGUCAUAACAUCAGGUAUC